GGUGCUAAUUCAAGUGAACUAAAAUUAUUAUUCUUUUCACAAAGAAUCCUGGCACAUAGAAAGUCGAGUUGGAAAGAGGACUGUUUCCCAAAGCAUCAGUCAACGUGUAAAUGCAAAAUGAUGUCUUUGGAUUCAGGAAUUGAAACGAAUAACAAUUCACUCGAUUAUUCAAUCGUCCAAAACCGAAAUUUGAUCACAGAAGAAAUUAACAAUGUUAGUUCCAAUUCAGCUUCCACAAUAACAACCAAUAGUGAACAAAGUGAAACAAAAGAAGUCAAACCGGAUAUACUUCAUAACAAAUUUAAUUCGGAUUUGUCUGUUUUUUUAUCAAACGAUGAUAUUCCAAAUUCUAUUCCAACAAGUAGUUCCUCACCGUGCAAUGAUGUGUCUCCUGUUUCCUCAAAAUCACCUGUGUUUCAACCUUACAAAUAUAAAUCACCUGUGUUUCGACCUUAUAAAUAUGAACCACCUGUGUGGAAAUCUUCCAAAUGUGAAUCACUCUCACGUGAACCACCCAAGGUAGAAUGUUAUGAACUACUAUCAACCAAACCAUUAUUAAUGAAUGAAUAUGUUAACAAAAUGAAAGUUAUCAAUAAACCACGUAGAAAUCAACAUCUUAUUUCUGUGUUUGACAUUUAUAGUCGUCUAAUUGAACAUAGAAUGAGAAUGGCAGCAGCUACAAACAACACUAUUAUGAUGAGAGAUCUUUUAAAUUCUGGUGUUUCUCCUAACUGUUGUGAUGUACAAGGAAGAACUCCUCUUCAUCUUGCCUCUUGCAGAGGUUAUACGGAAAUGGUUCAUUUGUUAUUACAACAUGGUGCAGAUCCUAAUAUUCGUGAUUCUGUAGGCAACACGCCGUUACAUUUAGCAGCUGUGACAAGUAAAAUAUCUGUAGUAACAUUACUUUUAAAUGCAGGUACAAAUCCCUUGUGCUUAGAUCAAUAUGGUUACAAUCCAUUACAUUUAGCACAAACAAAAUUAAAAUUAUUACAAAAUUGUAAAGGAGAGGAUAUGGCAAAAAUCAAAGAGGAAGUCCAGAACAUAGUUAGUAUGUUGUUGGCAUAUUUACAAAAACAUAAAGAUAUUCAUAAUCGGAUGGAAACCUUGAGUAACUUGUGUUCACGUUUAUCUUUAUCAAAUGUGUCUGAUCAAGUUCAAGAUGAUGUAAAAGAUUUGUUGGCUAAUUUAGAUGCUCUAUCUUUAACACAGUAAUUACUUAUUUGUUUUAACAAACUAUUACUAAAACAUUAAAUUAAGUAUGUUGGUUUAUUGCUGUACUAUAUGCCAACGUGAAAUUUUAUUACUUUUUUUUCUUUAUUUAAUCAAUUGGUUUAAGCGCUAAAUAAUUAUAUAAUUUUAAACAUAUAAUACAAUUUUACAAAUAUUAUAAAUUAUACAAAUAGUGCAAAAACAAAAGAAUAAGGUUUAUUUCAAAUUUCUGUAGCAUUCUUUUUUUUUAUGAGAUGGUCAAAAUUAUGCUUUAUAUUGUAGUUUUGAAGCUGCAAAUAGAGUAUAAAAAUAAAAGCUGUAAUUUUACUGUUUAUAGAUAUUGAUAAAAUAAAAUUACUGUAAAUUUAUUUUUAUAAAUCUUGAAAAUUUGUAUAUCUUCUAUAUCAGAUAUAUAUAUAUGACACAUAUAUACUUAUAUACAUUUUUAUGUAUAUUAGUUAAUUUUUUCAGUAAUUUCUUUUUAUACUAGUAUUUUUUUUUAAUUUUGUUAAUUUUUUAAGUUUUUAAACAAUAUAAAAUAAUGAAGAUACAAAAGUAGACUGCAAAAUACAACAUAUACUUUUUACUUCCGUCCUGAAUUUGAACUGUUUUAGAUUAUAUAAUAUUUUUAAAAUUUUGAGUGAAUAUAUUAGCCAACGAAUGAAGUAUGUUUUUUAAUGCGUUUUUAAAAAUAUUGUGCUCUUAUUCAUCUUCACAAAUUAGAAAAAGAAUCUUAAAGUGCAUUCCUAACGCACUUUUUAAAAUAUUUUGUUUUAUAUAUCGUUAGAACUUUAACUAAUUUCUCAACAAUGAACAGCUAAAUAUUGUAACUAUUGUUUUAUAUGUUCUUUCAUUUUCUUUGCAGCCUUUGUAUCAACUAUUAAAAUUACAUAAAUGUAUGAAUCAGUAAAUAAUUAUAUAUAUCUUUUAUCUUGAUUUAUUUUGAUCUGUUUUGAUCUAAUUAAAACUGAAUGAAGUAUUCAGUGUUCAAAAUUGAACAUAAUAAAAAUUUAGAUGUGUAAUUUAUUAUUAAUAAUUGAUCUAAAAAUAUUGAAUGAAAUUUUUGCUUGACUGAUAUACUACUUUUUAUUCUUAUAUGAUACUGAAAAGAUAGUAAAAGUUGAUGUAAUUUUUCAAAUAUGAUAUAAAAUGAGUGAAUUGUAUAUGAGAUAAAUAUUAAUACCAGGAUUAGUAUGAUUUUUCAAGUGUGUUUUUAAAAAUUAGAUUCUAGGUAUGUGUGAUAUCAAUUUUGCUAUGAUAGGGGUACAAUUUAUGAUCACGAUACUUCUCUAGGAAUAGAAUUGACAAUCGUGAAGGAUCAUGUUUGUAUUGUCUAUAUAAACUCGUAAGCAAUUUAUGUAACUACUUUAUAUGAAUUGUAAAUAAGAAAUUUUUUAUUAGCAAUACUUAUAGCAAAUAAAAAAAAAAAUAUCUUAUUUCAUA